AUGAGUCCUGAAGUAGUUCAGAAAGAAAAUGAGGAGAUUGCUAGGCUCCUUAAAAUAGGCUUCAUUAGAACAGCCAGAUAUGUUGAAUGGCUAUCUAAUAUUGUGCCUGUGAUAAAGAAGAACGACAAAUUGAGGGUAUGCAUUGACUUCCGAAAUCUGAAUUUGACAACUCUAAGGGAUGAGUACCCUCUGCAUAUAGUUGAUUUACUGGUGGACAAUUUAGCAGGACAUGGAAUCUUGUCCAUGAUGGAUGGACACUCUAGCUAUAAUCAAAUAUACAUAGUAAAGGAGGAUGUCCGCAAAAUAGCUUUCAGGUUAUAUGGAAGAGCAUCUAGGCCAUCUGAUAGUAGCCUUCAAAAGAAUGAGGAAAUUCAAGCUAAAAGCUCAAUAUACUCAAGUGUGCUUUUGGUGUAUCAGUUGGAAACUUCUUGGGCAGAGCAUCAAGCUGCUUUUGAAGGAAUAAAAGCCUAUUUGGCCAAACCACCAGUACUGAUGCCACCAAGGAAGGGCAAACCCUUGAAGUUAUACAUUGCUACAGCUGAAGAAUCAUUGGGAGUUUUCUUGGCUCAAGACGAUGAAGAAGGCAAGGAGCAAGCAGUCUAUUACCUUAGUAGGUUUUCAAACUCUUGA